AUGCAGGGAUAUUCAUUUGCGCCUCCAGCGGGCCCCCCAAGAGAAGGCCAGAAAAAUUAUGUAUUUGUUGAUGAGCAUAACCGCCACAAGAGGCUGAAAGUGAUGCGAGCGUGUAAUGGCUGCCGGAAAAGAAAAAUUAAAUGCGAUGCAGCCACAACGAAUACGUGGCCUUGCUCUGCAUGCACUCGCUUAAAGCUGAUCUGUGUUCCCCCGACCAUUGGACAAGAUGGAGAGUUUCUCCCCGAUAGCCAGGGCGAGUCUCUAGAGACUGGCGGGCCCUCCAGUGCAGCUGGUACAUUCCCAGUCCCCCCAGUCUACCGGGACAACAACCAACCCACCAUAAACGCGGUCCCCUCGUAUGAUCAAAUGAGCAUGUAUUCCCAAUUUGUUCCUCCCCCACAGACUCAGCCCAGCAUUUAUAACGAUCUUCGGCCAUCACAAAUGGCCAUGCCACACCAAGCCUUUCAACAGCCCCAAUUGUUUGCCGAACCGCAAACCCCGGCUAUCAGGCCAUCAGAUCGAAAUGUGUAUAUUGAUAGCGACCAGUCAACCGCAGAGAACCUCAUUGAUGUACUUGGAGAGCUAAAGAUUGACGAGACUGGAAUUGCUCCAUAUAUUAGAAGGCAACGGACAGAUCGAAUUGAGCCCGAUGCUCCUAUUCAAGAUGAGGUCGAAGAGCAAUUGCCGCCUCUAAAAGACGACGUAAUGACUUAUUUCAAGAUCUACUUUGAUGAGAUACAUCCUUACGUUCCUGUCGUAUCCCGUGCCCAUUUAUACUAUCAAUGGCAGCAUGAUCGCCGUUCUAUCUCCCCUCUUCUUCUCGAGGCUCUUUUCGCCUGUGCAGGCCGUUUGUCUGACGAGCCAGCAGAGGGUGCUCAAUGGCUUGCUUUGGCUAAUAGGCACGAGUCCAGCUUUAUGGAUGUACCACGUCUGAGUACUAUCCAAGCAUUACUUCUGCUUCUGAAAGCAAGGGAAUCCUUGCCAAAGAAAGGAUACUAUUAUCGUUCCUGGCAGACUGUGAAGACUAUUGUUUCGAUGGCGAAAGACUUGGAUAUUCAUGAGCAUCACAGCAAUCAUACUGAACGAAAACCAUGUGGUCUCAGCCCCAUUGAAUGCUUGGUUCACACCAGAGUAUGGCAGGCUCUCUUGGUAGUCGAGGUGAUGAUUGGUGCACCCCAGGGUCGCUCGGACUACGGAGUCGAUCCUAAAACAGUGGACAUGCGUCCGACACUAGAUAUCCGAGGCCUUGACCCUUACGAGACUAACCGUUCGAGGCAAUACGCCUAUUUUGUGCGCAAUGCACAUCACAUUCGCAUAAUUACAGAUAUCUAUCACAAAGUUAAGAAGCAAAAGGGUUGGGGAGCAGAUGCUCGGUUUGUACAAAAUAACCCGCUUUUCGCAGAUUGGCUUCGCAACCUCCCUCCAGACCUACAGGUCGACUAUCCCGUCGAUGGCUCUCCGCCAUGGCUUCCAUCUCACUUUGUAGGCAAUAUGCAUUCUCAUUGUCACCUCGCAAUCAUUCUCUUACAUCGCCCCCAACUUGUCGCUUCUCAAUCAUUUGCUGCCGGUGGUGAAUGGAAGGUCCACAUGUCAUUAUGCUAUUCAUCAGCAAAAAGCCUUUGUCGAUUACAGGAAGCAAUAUUGCAAGGUUUCGGGCUACCUGGCUUACUUUACAUGCAAAGAGGUAUCAAUUUUGCUAUUUAUUGCAUCCUGACUUGUACAAUGCUGCACUUGGUUGCCAUUACUUCCCCCGACCCUGAAUUCAAUUCAGACGCCCGUGAAUUCUUUGUCCGUCACAUGAUAAUUCUUGAGAAAUGCUCAACUGCUUGGCCCAUGCCCGAAAUCCAGGCUCAGAUUGAUUCAUUGCGAUUGGCCUUUUCGGCUGACAUGCAUCGUCCAUUUGAAUUGAAGCCAAGUUUUCCAUACGGGAGUCCCUCAGAACCCUUUCAACCCAGUCCACCCAUGGAUACACACUACCAUCCACAUUUGAAUCAAGUCCAAUCUAGAGUGGGUUUCCACCCGUUUCCAACAACCCCUCCGAUUUCGGCUGGCGCUGAAGACUCAAAGUCCGACACCUCUUCUCAGAUACAAUCUCUCGGGAUGGUUGCCCAUCAACCACCGACAACACAUUCUCUGGAUGCCCCAUUGGCAGAUGAAAAGAACUGGGACCCGACCCGCAUCAUCACUCAAUGGGACAUCGCCUUCUCCGUGAACCCUUCCACCGUCAGCGCAAAUUCCCCGCCGAUGCCUAUGAACAAUUCGAUACCAGCUGUACAAGCCCAGUAUCCCAUGCAAUACGAGACUGACAAAGUUCCCUCUGUCGCGUCUACCCAAUCUCUCUCCCCGCCGCAAUUCCAAGCUCCCCCAGUUGUGUUUUCAGCCCGGGAUUGGCAGCAAAGUGUUGCUAGUGUGUUUGAUCCACAGGGAGUCAAGCGGCGAUGGGAUUACUCGGUUGACCUUGGCUCCGAUAGCAUAUACAAGCGCCAGCGAGGAUGA